AUGCGUGUGGUUGUCGUCGAGGAAUCGCAACUGGGUUUAGAGCACAACAACGACUUCAACCAAGUCGUUCCCGACGCGGUUCAAGGACUAACAAGCUGGAUCGACAUCAAUCUCACCCGUGAAGAAUUCGUCGCCCUCAAGUCCGCAUUCCCACGGCACAUAUUCACCACGGGCGAAGACAAUUCCAUUUACUACCACCCUGAUACCAAGGAUGGGGGCAUUGCACACAUGUGGGACUGGUUGAUGGUCCCCCACGUCUUAAACACCCACCGUGAUCUGUUUGAGGUCAAAUUUGUACCCUUUUCGGACUUCCUCGCAGCGAUGCUUGACCCCCAGGCUUCCGCGGCCACUCGGGACGUUUGGACCCUCGUCAACCACGCCGAGCUCGUCGUGGGUGGUGUCGACUUCACGGGCGACUACACGUCUCUCCUCCCGCCGCACCACGUUGCCACAUACAUGGGGAACUUGAUCACCAUCAUGGACUACACUGUCGUCUGGCCAGACCCCUCAGAAGGCCUAGUCUACGGUGGCAAGGCUGCGCUCAUCAAGAACCUCGACGCCAUUGCAAAGGCGCCACGGCCACGCACGUCCCCCAUAGUCUUUGGCUACUCCUACGUCGAUGGGAAGGUCAUCAAACGAGGACACAGUGGUUGGGGGGAGCACGUCUGCACUGACGUCAACAAGAACCCCGUCGAUCGUUGGGGAAGUCUGUGGGAAAAACCUAACGCCACUGCCCCGCCACUGGCCUCCCGGGCGUGGCUCAUGCAAGACUACGUCGACACUCUCAGGAUUCUCGGUGAGAUCAGGUGCUACUUCAUCCACGGCACCCACCAGUAUACGGUCCACACCGACACCUCUCUGAUGAUCGGGUACGCAAACGACGACACAUCGUCACAGUCGGUCGGGGGCGUGAUGCCACUACAUAUGCUCCAGAAAUCAUUGGAGGACCAAGAGAAAACGAAGGAACGACCGUCGUACGGCUGGGUCAACCCAAAGCGGCACGCUGACCAUGCCGACAGGGGUCUAGAAGAGUUGAAGGAGUUUGCCCGCAAAACGUAUGAAGAUCUCGUCAAGCGUGAGGAAGCCUCAUCUCCCACCAGAUCGUCGGAUCUCACCGCCUUCACACGCAUCGACAUCGGCGUCAUGCGCCAACCUGGCGGUGCUUUCAACUACGUCGUCAACGAGGUCGAAAGGAGUUGGGGUGUCACGAUGUUCGGGGUCAUGGACACUCACAUUGCGAUCGUUGCACUGACUGAAUUUACCCUCCGUCUUCCGGAAUGGGUUAGACGCAAGCACCAGCGGUCGCUGACAGCCAGCACGCUAGACGUAUGGGACCCUCUUUACGCGUAG